AUGGCAUUCAAAGAUACAACUUUAGAUACCUACGACGCUGAUGGUAAUAUUAAAAAUAGUAAAGAAAAUGACGAUGAAUAUAAGCCUAUCAUACAUGAAAAACUUGAUAUAAAAGUUGCAAUUAUUAUGGUUAUUUUAGGUACAGGUUACCUGUUCCCAUUUGAGAGUUACUUAUUGUCAAUGGAUUAUUUCACAAUUCUCUAUCCACAGUUCAAUAUCUAUUCAUCUUUCCCAUUCAUUUAUAUGGGUGCCAUCUGUAUUACUUUUCUCUUCUUUCUAAAGUUUCCAAACUUCAGUUCACAUAAACGACGUAUGCUGUUUGGUUUCUCUUUCUAUGCGUUGAUUAUGGUGCUCGUUCCCAUUGUAAAUCUCACCAGUAUCGCCGGAACCACCACUGCCUAUAUCAUUACACUGCUACUCAUCACCGCCACCGGUGUAGUCGAUGGUUUUGUCCAAGGUACCAUCUAUGCCAUUGCAGGAAUCAUGGGUCCAAGAUAUACUUUAUUCACUCAAACAGGUGUUGGUUUGGCAGGUAUUAUUGUGGUUGUCACUAGAACUAUUUCAAAGGUUUCCGUUCCAGGUAGUGGUAAACAUGGUGUAUUGAUGUUCUUUUUGAUUUCAGCAACCAUUAUCUUGUUCUGUUUGCUCUCAUUUGUCUAUCUUUUGAGACUACCAAUUGCCAAAGUAUUGAUUCAAUCUUCAUCCGAUAGAGAAGAGGAGAAGCCAAAGAUUGCAUUGAAACCAAUCGUCAAGGCAACCUACCAACUAGGUAUGAUGAAUUUCUGGAUCUUUUUCAUUUCCAUGUUUAUUUUCCCAGGUGUUGUACUAAGAAUUUCAACUACUGAAAUGGAUGGUGGAUGGUUUGCAAUUACUCUUCAAGCAACAUAUAAUUUGUUUGAUUUCAUUGGUAAAACAAUUCCUGUAUUUAUUCAUCCAGACGGAAAGAAUGUUCCAUCGUAUUUGUUCCUCUGGAUUUUGACCAUUGGUAGAACUGUGUUUGUUGCAUUGUUCUUCCUCUGUGUCUACACCCAAGUGUUCAACCACAUUGCAUGGCCAAUUGUUUUCUUAAUUAUCUUUUCAUUCACCAAUGGUUAUCUUUGUUCUGUUGUUGUGUCAGAAGGACCAAGAAAGGUAAAGAGAGAUCAAAAAGAGUUGGCUGGUAUUUUCAUGACUACAACUUUAAUUCUUGGAUUGACUCUUGGUUCUGUUGUAAACUUUAUCUACUCUACACUCAAGCCACAAUCUUAUCAUUAA